AUGCCACUGGUUGAAGAUGCAGCAGAGGCAGCAGAGGAGGCUUUCAAACGCUACCCUUUCGACACGGACGAGGCUUGGCAGCGCUUUCGGCGUGCCGCUGAGGUCACCGCACCGUCAGCGGAAGUCGAGGAGCGUCUCCGUCGGGCUUUCUUUCGCAGGUACAUCGAUCCUUCGUUGCCGUUGAAGCCGCAGAGCUCUAGAGCGGUUCCAGCAGACGCAGCAGCAGGUGAGCGUACCCAGUUUGCGCGGACCUACAGCAACGACUGGCGACAGCGCACCUGGAAAUGUGUGCAGGCAUGCCGACAAGCGGCCUGGGCUGGCUUUCAGCGCAGCGGGGCAAGCGACUUGGGCCCCGUGUUGGACCUGUGCAUCCUAGUUGCUGCUACUGGCACGUUUUGGAUGGGAACGGGGCCUCUUGUCGGCUGGACCUGGGUCGGUGUUUUCCUUUCCCUGGCUUGGACUUGCUACCAGAGCUGGCAACGGCUACCUCGCGAGUGGCCUGGUCGGGUGCGUCUAGAGCGGGCGCUCGCUUCUGCUGAUCUCAUUCCGCGGCUUUUCUUCGUAUCCGUUGGUGUGCAGCUGCAUCACCCGGUUGCGUUAAGGCUCGCAAUGGCGUCGCUCAUCACCACGUUCGUUUACGAUCGUCUGUUGCCACUUUUCGAAAGCGCUACUGCCUCUGCACAGGUGCUACGCUGGUUUUUGGCACCGACAAAGCAACGACAUCUGGCCGCAUACUUGCGCCAGCAUGAAAGUAGGGCUCGCCUACUGGCUGCCUACGCCGAAGCAGCCCUGUUCAUCUUUUUGCUGGCUUCGAUAUUCACACCGCAAAGAAGCUUCCUGGCGGUUUUGGUGCUCUAUCGCUAUUUACAGUUGCGCUAUUUAAGCUGUCCUUUCACGCGGCUGGUGUGGCAACACAUCGAAAUGCAGUUAGACAUGUGGUCGACCUGGUUGCCUCCGACACUGCGCGAGUUGUACGGGCGUGCCAAGACCGUCCUCAUGCAGAUGGUAGGCGCAACUCGCCUGCAAACGCCGACAGCAUCGACGUCAACACGCCAUCAUUGA